AACUCUGAUUGUGAAUACGUCUCGACGCAGCUGUCGCGGCAGAGAGAGGGCGCCUCCACGACGCCUUCCUUCGGCCUUUCUGUGUUUUCAGUCCUUCUAACUUAAUGCUGGAGACCCAAAAUGGAUUUUGGCGAUUUGUUUGACGAGCGAACGUUCACCUUUUCUGACUUCCAGGAGUUUACGUUUCUGCCUGGACACGAGCAGUGGUCAGAGAAAGUGAGGAAACGACUGUACUAUGGUCUUGAUUCUGACAGCCCCUUGGAUGCUCUAUCAUGUCCCAUGACAGAUAUUGCUGUGGAACUGCUCCAGAAAUCUGCCCCAAGUCCCAUAAAGAAACUCCACAAGAAAUACGCUGCACACGUAGCCAGGGAAGCAUGUAUAUCUCCCUGCGCUAUGAUGUUGGCCUUGAUAUACAUUGAAAGACUGCGACACAGAAAUCCCGAAUACCUGCAACAGAUCUCAUCCUCAGACCUCUUUUUGAUAUCCAUGAUGGUUGCCAGUAAGUAUUUGUAUGAUGAAGGAGAAGAGGAGGAGGUUUUCAACGAUGAAUGGGGCACUGCGGCCAAGCUGGAUGUUCAGACUGUCAACACUUUGGAGAUGAACUUCCUCAAUGCGAUCGACUGGAACCUCUUCACUGAGCCCAGUGACUUCUUUAAAGUCCUCAGUCAGGUGGAAAGCAGCAUUGCGGAGCGACAAGGAAUGAAGCGAGGCUGGUUCACCUACACGGAUCUCUGCGUCCUGUUGGAGCAAACCAAUUGGAGGGAAGCUCUAUCAGCUAUCUACCAGCACUUUACCAAGGUCGAUAAUCACAGUUGAAUCCAUAUAAACUCC